CCAUAAUAAACAUGAUUUUUCUCAGUAUACCUAUUCACUUUUCUGACCUUAGACUUAUAUCUGACGUUUAUUUAAAUAAACAAUGGCAUUAUCCUAAAACAUUAAUCCGCUUUAAUCUUGUACUUAGUAUGUGACGCAAAACUUUUCGUUUAAUUAAAUGAAGACCUACAUGGUAUUUACUAACCUAAACGAAAUUAUUGUUCAUAUUCUUACUCUUAUCUCAUUUCAAAAUUUUAUAUUAACUGAGCUAAAACAGGACAAGGGAUAUAAUGCCUUCUGAAAAUGAGCAACUCUCAAAUCAAUUGGAGGGCUGGAAUGCAUUGCCUGCCGAAACUUUAAGCAAGAUAAAAAUGAUAAAAUCAGAUUCUGCACUUUUGCCAUCACAAAAGCAAGAACAAAUUAAUGCAUUAAUUGAUGGAUUGCCUGACAAAGUGAUUGAUAUGAUUCCUGAUCCCCCAGAAUUUAACAAGAUACCUAAGGUAGACCUUAUUAAGCAAGCCUAUUUUUCAAUUAAAGAUUUUUUUAAAUUAUUAUAA